AUGGCACCAAAGAAGUACGAGACCCCUGCUUUACUCUCAAGUAAGGAAGGGCGAAUCCUUGAGACUUAUGUCCAUGCGAUCAAAAAAUACCCGUUACCAAAUGACCCCUUAAUACCUAAGGAAAUCGAUAUAUUUUUAAGAAAAGUCUUCAGUGACUGGACAAGCGAUGAUAAACUACAUUCGAAGCCCGAUAGAAAGGGGGCGAAAGCAAAUUUCCACGAUACUGCCGUCCGUAUGGGCACACUUACCCGCGACCUACCUUCGAGCGAGGACCAAAGCAGCCCGGAAAAAUCAAACCCAAUAUAA